CAGAGCGCCACGAGCCUGAAGCUGGACGGACAAAUUCCGAUUCCCAAAUUCCAAUUCACUGUCCCCAAGCAUUCGUCACUCGUAACGAGCACGAAGCCCCCAUCCUUCCUGAUCGUCGGCGACGACCAUCUGCCGCGGAAGCCACCACCGACGUCCACUGUAGCGGUAGCGAGCUGUCACUCUGUUAUUCCCCUUCGUUCCCGCCGGCGGCAAGCGAGCUUCUCCGCAACCAGGGCCAAUUAUGUGCUGAUCUUGCAACUCAAAAGGACAUACUGAGUCAACUGUUUAUUAUGCUAUCUCAAUUUUGCUUCUCGAUAAGCAAUUUCCUAUUUUACUAUAUUUUCAAACCAUUUAUCUAAUUUCAUAGAAAGAAUUUGUCUUAUGAAUUUCUCAGUUCCUUCUAUCAAACAGUAAGAGAUUAUUUAAUAUAUUCCUAAUUGAUAUAUUUUUUUUACAUGUUCUCUCCUAUGUUUUCCACUUGUCCUUUUAAUUAGUUUAAUCUGAUUUGGUUAGUUAGUCUUGCCACAUAGUGUGUCUCAUUAUUUCCUCGUAGUAGUGUGCUUCUAGCUUUCCUCAAUGCGUGACCGAAUUAGCAAAUUUGUAAAGUUUGCAAGAUACUUAUCCACCUCUUGUCUUUUCUUUCUUAAUUGGAAACUACAAGAAUCCUGUUGUAUUGCAAUUUGUUGUGUUAGAGUGGGAUUGACAAAUCACUUUUCUUCUAGUUAUUCUCUGAAUGGGGAAAAAUCUUUUUAACAACUAAAGCAUUAGUUAAAUUUUUUAUUUUAAGAAUUGAACAAUAAGGAACUUUUGUGUAGGUUUUUCAUCUUAAUUUUGGUGGCUUCCCAAAAUAAUAACCUAGAGAUGAUUUAAGUUACAUUGAUUUAUCAAUGUGAAGUAACUAUAUCUCAAUACCAAUGUGUUGGAUGGAGUCCGUGGGAUAGUGCGGCUUCCUCUAAGUUAUAUACAUGUUGAUACAUUGAUUUUGUGCUAAAACUUCAAAUAUAGGCAUGGAUAAUGGCAAUGGCAUUGAUAGGUAUUGCUAUGUUUUGCAUGUGCCAGUCUUAUAGAUGAACAACUUGAUUAACAAAGAUUCGCCUGUGGGUGUAUGGGGGUAAACUGGCUUAUUAGGAAUCCCGAGCUUAAUUUUUGUGAGUGAGAAAUUUGUAUGACCGUAAGAUUUAAUAUUUCAUAAUAUUAAAGACCUUGAACUUCUGCCACUUGAUACCCAACACUAGUCACAAUUUCCUUCCAUGAUAGAAACCUUUUGUUGUCUAUAGAGUCAAUCAAUUUGUCUAACCUAGAAGCUCGGUGAUGGAUCCUCUCAAGCAUCAUUGUUGUGCGGAUGACUAAAUAAUGGAUACGCGUCUAAGGAUCACCCAAGAGUCUUUUGUGAGUGUGGAAGAGUAUGUAGGCUUUGCAAGUCAACCUGAUGUACUUGAACAAGAGCGGAGGGUUAAAAUAUGUAAAUGUAUGAAGUACCAUUAGUCAAAUGAUGUCUGGAUGCAUUUGUAUAAAAAAGGAUUCAUGCCUGAUAGUUACUAUUGGCAUAACCAAAAAGAGGAACAUCCCUGAAUGGCUCUAUUUGAUGUCAUCCUUGCAGUUUGUAGGAAUUUUAAUCCGUACGAGUGUAUGGCACUGGGAAUUUUAUGAAUGUGGCUGGGGCAUCAUACGGGAGUUAACACGAGUUAGGCCAAAGUAGGCGAUGUAGAUGUUAGCUGUUUUAGAAACGAACCCACUGAAACAACAGAAGAAUGUGAUGAAAUUUUGGUUUAUGAACUAUUAGAUAUUGAUUUGGCAAGUGAUUGAUAUAACCUUAGUAAUUUAGUCUUAUUAUUAUAUUACUCAACAAAUUUCCUGAGUUGUUUACUAAUUUUUACCCAUAAAAUGUUCUAUUGUUUAUUUUUCAGAUGUCAGGCAAACGACGUAAAAUGGUUGGAGGAUCUGCUACUAGCAAUAAGGGCAAAGAAAAGGUUGUGAAGCAGCAUCAACCCAUUGAGGCACUAUUUGCGGCUGCACAGUCAUCGUUUCCUCAGCCAUCUCCACAUUCUGGGACCCCACCCGGAUCCGAGGCUGCAUCAUCUUCUUUUUCUUGUCCACACAUUCGGAUGCCUUCCAAUCAGUCCACUAGUGUUGGCUCAGAAGGACCUUCAAUGUAUGAGCAGAGCUCAGGUGUGGCUAGCUCGUCUACAAUGGUUACCACAUAUGAGCCAGGGAUUAGAUUGACAGAUAGACGACUAGUUCUUAGACCUCAUGGUGUUAAGGAUGACAAAACUCUAAACGCGUUGCCUUUCUUGUAAGAUGCCUCCAUAGGGGUGGACGGACGCCAUUUUCAGAGCAUAAAAGAAAGAUGGAAGAUGAGUUGGGUAGGGAGGUUCAAACCCCGGAGUUAUUCAAGAAGAUCCAAUACAAUGAGAAGAAAGGAGGUUGGGUUGGUAAAAAAGCAGCUGACACAUAACCAGUAUGAACAAAUGCGAGAGGCUCAAGGGUCAAGGCUAAAUGAGACCGAUUCUUCUAUAGGGUUCAAGAUUGUGGGCGGAAAGAAUAGAAAAGGUCAUGUAUAUGGGUUAGGAUCAGAGGCUGGUCUUUUUAGUUUUAAUGGCAUGCAAAAUUCUGGAGGCAGCAACCAUGGUGAGCUUUCCCAGAUGAGAAAGUGCUUAGAAUUAUCUUUCAAGAAAGAAUUGGAGGAAAAGCUCUCAAAACAAGCCGAGGUUUACGAAGCAAGUCUUGCCAAGGUUGUUGCUGAAAUGAAAGCCCAACAAACUCAGAUGAAUGCUUUCAUGGAACAAGUUUUAUCUCACAUGCAAUUAGGCACUGAGAGCGGUGGUCCUUCUCAACCUUCAUCCAAUGAUGAUGAGGACAACGACGACGAUUAUGAAGAAUAAUUGUAUGAUUGCUAUAUUUGGGACGUGGUUUUUGUAUAUAUUUACUAGGCGUCUAAAAUUAGAAUGUAUUAUCUUCCCCCAGUUUUGUUUUUUCGAUGAUGGCUUGUGUUGUUUAUUUGUUUAUUUAUUUUGCCGCAAAAUUUAUUUUGGAGAAUGUUUAGAAAUGCUAAUGAGGAAACCAACUAAAGUUGGUAUAGGUAGUAGAGGUUUUUGCCAUUUAAGCAAGUAAUUAAGAGUCUGAAUCUUA